CUUUAACCCAAUGAACCACCCAGGUGCCCCUCUGGCCAAUUUCUAAGAGCUCUUUGAGGUUAUAUAGAUAAGCUUCCUUUCAUCCAGUUGAUAAAUAUUUUCCAGAUUUAUCGUUUGCCUGUUAACUCUGAUGAAAGUGAACUUUGCCAUGCAAUGUUUUGACGUUUGUAUGUGCAACAAGGUUUAUCUCUUCUUCCAUAAGUUUCAUAAGUUUAUUUCCUAAGCCCAUUAGGGAUCAGGAGUGAUAUUGUAUGAUAUUUCUUGAAAGUUGAGUGAGGGGUCAAACAGAAGACAGCUGGAAUAUCCAGUCCGCUUCUGCACUCCAUCUGGUACAACAACCCACACCACGUAAAGCACGGAAAACUCCACUGUAGACCUGUAAGAUAAUGAGGAUAAAAAAAGAAAAGAGCCCCUUGGCAUCAUGAAGAUAGUCUUUCUCUUGUGCCUCAGAAAGGGACCGCAGGGGCCUCCGUGGGUCCUGUGACUCCGCUUUGAGAACCACGGCUUUGAAGUUCACAGGAAACCAGCUUUCCUUUGGUCCUGGGCCGUCAGAGCUCUUCAAUAUUUGAAAUUAGCAGUGUCACAGAUGAUCUGACAGGCUUCCUUCCUUGGAUACCUGUUUUAUCAGCCUUGUUGCUGGCGUGAUUUCUUUUAAUUAAAAACCAGAAGAGUGCAAAGAGAUGAAUCCAAUGAAAGUUUGCUCUGUAAGGCUGAAUGACGGAUACCUCAUGCCUAUGCUGGGACUUGGCACUUCUGCUCCUAGUCAGGUCCCGAAGAGUAAGGUGGAAGAGGCCGUCCAGAUAGCAAUCGAUGUAGGCUACCGCCAUAUUGACUCGGCUUAUUUGUAUCAAAAUGAGGAAGAGAUCGGGAGGGCCAUCGGGAAGAAGAUUGCUGAUGGCACCGUGAAGAGAGAGGACAUAUUCUACACGACGAAGGUGUGGGGAACCUUCUUCCGGCCAGAAUUGGUUCGAACCAGCCUGGACACAUCUCUGAGGAAGCUUGGGUUGAGCUAUGUGAAUCUUUAUCUCAUUCAUUUCCCAGUAGCUUUGAAGCCUGGGGAGGAAUUUAUCCCAAAGGACAAAGAUGGAGAAGUCAUUUUUGACACAGUAGAUCUCUGUGCCACAUGGGAGGCCAUGGAGAAGUGUAAGGAUUUAGGGCUGACCAAGUCCAUCGGCGUGUCCAACUUCAGCCGCAGGCACCUGGAGAGGAUCCUGAACAAGCCAGGGCUCAAGUACAAGCCAGUCUGUAACCAGGUGGAGUGUCACCCUUACCUCAACCAGAGCAAACUCCGGGAGUUCUGCAAGUCCAAGGACAUCAUCCUGACUGCAUACGCUGCCUUAGGGACUGACUUUAGGAAGGAGUGGGUGAACAAGAACUGCCCUGUUCUCCUGAAGGAUCCGGUGCUCAACGCCAUCGCUGCAAAGCAUGGGCGCACUCCCGCCCAGGUGGCCCUGCGUUUCCAGCUGCAGCGGGGCCUGGUGGCCUUGGUCAAGAGCUUCAAUGAGAAGAGAAUUCAGGAGAACUUCCAGGUUUUCAAUUUCCAGUUGACACCAGAGGACAUGGAAAGUCUGGAUGGCCUAAACAAAAACAUUCGCUAUUUUCCAGAUGAAUUUGUUAGUCAUCCAGAUUAUCCAUUCUAUGAUGAGAAUUGACAGCGGUGUCUGGUUGCCCUGGAGUUCUUGGACUCUGGUUGAUGAUGGGCAAACAGCUCACGGAUGAGACGGUAUCUGGUUUAUCCCACAUUGUUUAGCCUGAUAGGCUGAAUGUGGCUUUAGUCCCUGGAUCUGGAAAUAAAAGUUACUAAACCCUGUCUUUACUCCCCCCCCGCAAAGUCAAUGAAAAUACAUAUCAAACAACCUGACCUUUUACUACCUUAGCUUUUUAGUAUUUUUGCUUUUUUCUGUGUCACUGAGGUUGAAAUGUUAAUCCUUUGAUCAUAGUCCCCUCCCCCAAAAAAGCUAACCAUUUAGUAUACUUUCAAGCUUUUUACUUGUCCAUAAGAAUCUUUUUCUUCUUUUGUUCUGUGAGUUUACCACACUACACAAAUUUAGCAGACCUUUUAAAAGAAUCUAAAACUUAAUUAAAACACAAUAUAAAGGGCACCUGGGUGGCUCAGUGGGUUAAGCCUCUGCCUUCAGCUCAGGUCAUGAUCCCAGGGUCCUGGGAGGCCCACAUUGGACUCUCUGCUCAGCGGGGAGCCUUCUUCCCCCUCUCCCUCUGCCUGCCUCUCUGCCUACUUGUGAUCUCUCUGUCAAAUAAAUAAAUAAAAUUUUAAAAAAUUUUAAAAAUAAAACACAAUACCAAAAGGCCAUAUUUCAAUUAAAAAUCACUCAUAAUACCAAGGACAAGAUUAUCAAACCCAGUGAAAAAGGACAAGCAACAGAUGCCCUACACCAAGAAGACCAAGAUAUGAAAAUUAUCAGAAAAAUUUUAAAGCAGCCAUCAUGAAAAUGCUUCAACAAGCAAUGGCAAAUAACUGGGAACAAAUGAAAAGAUAGAAAAUUUCAAUAAAGAAAUAGAAGACACAAAAUGGAAAUUUUAGAACUGAAAAAAACAAUAAAUGAAAUAAGAAUCUUGGGGCGCCUGGGUGGCUCAAUGGGUUAAGCUGCUGCCUUCGGCUCAGGUCAUGAUCUCGGGGUCCUGGGAUCGAGUCCCGCAUCGGGCUCUCUGCUCGGCAGGGAGCCUGCUUCCCUCUCUCUCUCUGCCUGCCUCUCCAUCUACUUGUGAUUUCUCUCUGUCAAAUAAAUAAAUAAAAUCUUAAAAAAAAAAAAAGAAAUAAGAAUCUCAAAGGAUAUACUCGACAGCCAUUAAGGUACAGAAGAAAUAAUUAGUGUAGUGGAAGCUAAAACAACAUAAAUCACCCAAUGGGAACAGGAGGGAGAGAAAGUAACCAGGGGGAAAAAAUGAACAGAGCCUCGUGGGCCCUGAGUAAUAACAAAAAAUUCUAACAUUCGUGUCGUCAUGGCGGGGGGAAUGCAGAGAUGUUGGUCAAAGGCACAACUUCUGUUAUAAGUUCUACGGACCUAACAUUCAGCAGGGUAGUUAGAGUUAAUAAUAGUAUAUUGUAAAAUUGGUAUUUGCUUAAAGAUUAGAUCUUAAGUGUUCUCUUUCACACGCACACACAAAUUGUUAACCAUCUGGGGUGAUGGGUGUAUUAAUUAACCUGAUUGUGGGAAUCAUUUCAUAAUGAACAUGUUUGCCAAAUCAUUGUGUUGGUACACUUUAAAUACAUAGAGUUUAUCUAUCAACUGCGUCUCAGUCAAGCUGCGGAAAAAGGAGGGAGUAAGAACACAAGAGAGAGGGGGGUAUGGUCUGUGUCUAGAUUGUGGUGAAGUAUUCCUGAACACACACGUGAAAAAAAAAUCACAGACACAAAUCAGCAUAAAUCUGGGAAAAUCUGAAUAAGAUCAGUGGAUUGCAUCAAUGUCAAAACCCUGGUUUUUGUGAUUCUGUGCUAUUGUUUUUCAGGAUGGUACCAUGAGGGGAUACUGAGUAAAGAUUACAUGGGAUAUUCUGUAUUAUUUCUUACACCCUACUGUGUAUCUAUAAUUAUCUCAAAAUAAAAAAGUGCUUAAUAAAAUAAGAAACCAGAAAA